CUCGCAGUGAGAACAGAACAGCGUCUAACCGGGCUUACGUUUCUCUUCCAUACGCCGCGCGUUGCUCACGGGGCGCGGAUACAGGGUUGCAGCUGGCGUCGGGAGCUCGAACCUGCGGAAAGGACACGGAUCCAGGACCGGGACUGACCCUGAGGAUGAUGAAGUUGGUCAGCGGGGGCUCUGUAGUGAAUGCCGAGGCAGUAUGGGACCAUGUGACCAUGGCUGACCGGGAGCUGGCCUUCAAGGCUGGCGAUGUCAUCAAGGUGUUGGACGCCUCGAAUAAGGACUGGUGGUGGGGUCAAAUCGACGAGGAGGAGGGCUGGUUUCCCGCCAGCUUCGUCAGGGUGGAGUCCCACCCCCCUCAAACCAAACAGCUUUUUUAUAUCAACCCUGUCGCUGCAUCACGCCUCACAAACGCCACGGCUAAGUUAUGGGUAAAUCAGGAGGAAAACACAGUGGUCGAGGCUGCCGAAAGCUCCAGCGAGGUGCAGAAUGGCCAUGCAGAGGCCAGUCCGAACCCCAGCACUGACUGCCUGUGUCUGGGCCAGCCCACGCAGAACCGGGACCAGAUGAGGGCCAAUGUCAUCAAUGAGAUCAUGAGCACAGAAAGACAUUACAUCAAACACCUGAAGGACAUCUGUGAGGUAAAAACACAUGCCAGCCCUUUCAAAGCUCGGGAGACUUCAUUGAGCUCUCUUUUAACCAUCCCAUUUGUUUGUCUCAGAUGGUUUGAUUAUCGGUACGUAGCUGCGGCGCUAGCUGUAAUGAGAAAUGUCACUCAGCAAAUCAACGAACGCAAACGAAGGCUUGAGAACAUUGACAAAAUUGCCCAAUGGCAGGCCUCUGUACUGGAUUGGGAGGGCGAGGAUAUUCUGAACAGGAGCUCAGAGCUUGUGUACACUGGGGAGAUGUCCUGGAUAUAUCAACCAUACGGGCGCAGCCAAACCAGAAUCUUCUUCCUAUUCGAUCAUCAGAUGGUCCUCUGCAAGAAGGAUCUCAUUCGCCGUGAUAUUCUCUACUAUAAGGGUCGGAUUGACAUGGAUCCAUACGAGGUCAUUGAUGCAAUCGAUGGCAGAGAUGAUGAUUUUAACGUUAGCGUGAAGAACGCCUUCAAACUGGCCAACAGAGACACAGACGAGAUCCAUCUGUUCCUGCCCAAAAAGCUGGAGGAGAAAAUCCGUUGGCUUCGGGCGUUUCAAGAGGAAAGAAAGAUGAUUCAGGAAGAUGAGAAGAUUGGCUUUGAAAUCUCUGACUAUCAGAAGAGACAAGCUGCCUUGACCGUUAGGAGAGUCACCAAACAGAAAGGUGUGGGCCGGUCAGGCCCCCCAGCGUACCCACCUCCACUGGACCCCAUGAACCCCGGGCAGUACCUUCUCCCCGACGGAUACGGGCAGGCGGACGGAUACGAAUACGAGCCCAAACGCAGCACAUCUCCCUUCUGGCAGAACUUCAGUCGGUUAGCUCCCUUUAAAAAAUAGAACACACAUCCACCAGGGGUCGGAUACACCAGCCUCUGUAUACUUGGAAAAGCACUAUUCUACUUAAGAUACAUCAGCGGGACUUGAGGAGGACCGACACACACACACAAACUACAGGAGAGAGGACGGACCUCGCUUUACUGGGGUUUACCAGGCGUAUUUCUUUUACUGGGGUUACGGGGACACCUCGCUGAGCUGGCUGCACUGAAUACUGUACACAACAUGUUGUAAUUCACAGAAGAAGAAAAAUCACGCAAACGCACACACAAAACAUACAUUUUAUCCCUCAGCACUCUCUUUGUAGAGAGGUUUUAAAUUAUGAAACACAGUUUCUUAUUCUCUAAGCACUAAACCAACGUAAUGACUCUUGCUCUCUAGCGCCGCCCUGGUGUUCCUCCGUGCACUGUGACUAUUCGGGGCAUUCUCUCUCACCCAAUCUCUCUUUUUCUCUCUCAAUCUCAUACUCCACAUUAUCACGUGUUUUUCCAACAGUUUCAAGUCUGUUCAAAGCUGAAGAUUUUUUGUUUUCCUGGACAAUCUCUCCUUGAAUGGAACCUGCUGCACUCUUUAGUUUGUUUUGCAUGUGAUUCAGUUCAUUGCAGGUAUUUUUAUUUGUGUAACUCUAUUCCUACGGGUCUCAAAGAACAGUGGAUCACGAUCUGCAAAUUUGUCACACUGGUUGCUUACACCGAUCAUGGUAUACUGGAAAUACGGAUAUUGGAACAACUUUGACAUUCAUAGAGACCUCCAGUCAGUCCAGCUAAAAGUCAUUUCGGUUUGCUGGAGCUUUUAGGCACCCUGAUAAAAACACAGACCAGAGAAACCUAAAGGAGGAACUGUUUUGCUCUGAACAGUGGACCUCUGUAGCGUGUUUACGUCAGAGCCUUGUUUAUCCUGAGGUCUCGGUCUCGGCUUCACCAUUGUUUCCUCUCUCCCGUCAUAAGUGCAAUCCGAGAGAAGACCAGAAAACCUAAAAAAAAAAUGUAAUAAUGUCACCUCUGAGCCCUGUCUUGAUUUUAUGGGGAAUGAUACCUGGACCAGGACGACUUUAAUCCUGCUGAUCAACCUCGUAAUGACGUGCCAAUUCAUCUCUAACAUGCCAAAAUAGUCUGGUUGCCAAAUUUUCCUCUAACAGGUGCAUUGGCAUGUGCGAAUGCCAACCCCAUGAGCUGGUACCCCGCCAUGUGACUUCUCAGGCGAAAAUUAAGUCAGUGAAAUUUGGUUAUCGCUGCUAGGAUUAGCAUGACAUAGCGUUUCAGUUUUUAAUUUUG